UUUUGGAAUACAAAGAUUUUCAUCCAGCACAUAUCAUUUCCUUGCUCUACUUCUGAGUUAGACUAUAAAUACAUGGCAUCAUAGCUUAUAGGUUUACUCAUUCUUAUAAUACAAACAACUCCAAACUAAGGAAAGACCUCUGCACCUCCAAAAUACUUCAAGAAAAAAAAAACAGUCGGCCAGUUUUCCGAGCAAUGGAGGCUGUGAACCGAUUAGUGGAAGAAAAGGCGUUGGUUAUCUUUACUCGGAGUUCUUGCUGUAUAAGCCACUCAGUAAUGCAACUCGUAAGCAGCUAUGGAGCGAAUGCAACAGUGUACGAGCUAGAUGAGAUGUCAAAUGGUCAAGAAGUAGAUAAAGCACUUCAAGGACUAGGGCUUAGGCCGAGUAUUCCUGCUGUUUUCAUAGGCCAAAAGUUAGUUGGUGGUGCUAAAGAGAUUAUUAGCCUGCAAGUCCAAGGAAAACUUAUGCCAAUGCUAAAGGAGGCAGGUGCUAUAUGGGUUUAGAUUUUAGAAGAUAAACAGCUCACAUUCGUUAUUUUCCAAGAAACCAAUUUUCAAACUAUCUGAUAUAAUAGUAGAUAAGAAGAAAGAUGCUAUUAGAAGAAACAAGCAGGUCAACACCAGUUUCUUCAUACUGAUUUCUUUCCAUCUCUGUGUUUUUCUUUUAGGAUGGAAGGAUAGAUGAAGCUACUAGUAAUGUAAGCAGUAAUGCAGUAGUCUACGCUUUUGGUUUGUUGUAAGCAGUUGUAUACUUAAGAGUUACAACUUAAACGUAUGGAGUAUUAUAACUAUAAGCUCCAGCAAGUUGCAAACAUAAUGUACAUAACAGAAAUCAACAUGAAAUAUAAUCUUUGUGUGA